GCGGUGCAAGAACGGCGCAGGCCUCUGGGACGUGCUGCGGCUGGAGGACCACUACAGCCUCGGCGAGCAUCUCAGCGUUGCCAAGUUGCAGAUACGCAACCCGGUGGUGAGGACCAAUGUUGAAGGAUUGGCAGUAGACCUUGAGAGGCUGAGUAAUGUUCAGAGCAACAGAACUCUGGCAGAACGACUGGCUGAGGAAGCCAUGAAGCUCAAAAGAAUCCAGAACCAGAUGGUCUUCCCAAUGGAGACCCUUGUGGCAAAGCUGAAAGAAAGUGUCCAGUUUUUAGCAACCAUGGCACCUAGCUUCCAGGCUCAAUUCAACAACACCGAGUCCCAGACCACCCUUGUGGAGGCCAUUCUCCCCUUACAGACUCAGAAGAUCCUCAGACAGGAGUUGGACUGCUUUGCAAGGAAAGAGUUGGGAUACAUCUCCCAAUACCUGAACUGGAUGAGGACUACGCUGACUGAGGACGUUGCCUCCUGCCAGCCCUUUUCCACUGCUCUGGACAACAGCCGGGUGAUCUUGUGCAAUCGUGUUGUGGAUCCUUGGAAUGCCUUUUGGUUCAGCCUGGGAGGUUGCACCUUCUUCCUUCUUCCUAGUAUUUUUCUCGCCCUCAAGACGAUGAAGCAUUUUCGUCCAAUUCGGCACAGAUUAGUUUCUACUGGAUCAGAUGAAACGUUUCCCUUCCACAUCCCGCGCGUCACAUCUCUGCGGCUGUAA